AUGUCAAACAAUAAUGCGUUAAAUCGCCUUAACUUACUUAAAGGCCAUAUUUCUCUGCCAACAGGUUCAAUAGACCUAGAAAAAGAAAGGUCAAAUGCGAGCUUUAACGUUGAACAUAUGAAUUGGCUAUUUUGUGGUUCGAAAGAAGCCGCAAAAGCUUUAUCUGAUGCCUACCAAAUGAUACAACGCGACCCAGAUCUUUAUAUUCCCGGUGGGCAUAGUUUUGAUAUGACUCAACCUCAGCAACACCGCAAAACUGGCCAAUUACUUCCUGGAGUUACAGCUGGUGAUAUUGGAGCAAAAUAUGGUCGAGACGUAACCGAAGAUGGAAAAUAUAUACCACCAAAAAAUCCUGCAAUUGCUUAUACGACUUUAAUUGGCGAACGAUUAACAGUUCUCAAAGGCACACAAAAUGCUUUGGGAAGGGCGUUGACUAUUGCUUGUAGAUAUGGUUGUGUUAGACGUCAGGGUGCUGAUAAUAUACAAAUUAUGGACUAUCAAACUCAUUACGUUAAACUUGUUCCCUGCGUUGCUACCAUCUAUGUUAUUAAUAUUGUGGAUAGAAAUAUCAAAGCUCAUUGGGAAGAAUCAAUAAAACUAAUACAAACAAAUCAAUCUGAAUUUUUAAAAAUUGUUACCGACUUACACGCAAUAUCUUCAGGCCUAAAAGGAACUAUAACAUGGUGGGGUAGUGAAAUGCUUGAAAGAUGUAGAAGAUCUCUAGGCGGUCAUGCUUAUUCAGCUUAUAAUGCUAUUGGACCUGCUAUUGGAGAUUGGGGUGUUAAUACUACCGAAGAGGGUUAUUUUGGAAAAGAACAAGCUAUUAUUGUAAGAAAUGCUUAUUUUGGAAUGUGUAAAGAGUUAAGAAAAGAAAUUAUACCUUUAGUCGAUGCAUGGGGAUAUCCAGAUUUUAUUUUGCAAGCACCUUUGGGAAAAUUUGAUGGUGAUGUUUAUAAAGGUAUAUUUUUAAAAUAUGUCACCGACAGUGACAGUCGCCAGAGUGCUAUCAAACAAUUAAAUCUAAAGAUCACGCGUAACGUCAAAGGCGCAAUGUCCCAUAUGUCAAUAUUUCGCCUAACUCUAAUUGACA